AUGGUGUCUCUUCAGAUUGCCCGACAAUCCAACGCACGCAUUUCAAGUCUUCCACGGGGACUCGUGGCGUUGUUCGUGGGCGCCACGUCGGGAAUAGGACAGAGCACUCUGCAAAACUUCGCGCAGCAUGCCCCCUCGCCGCGUAUAUACAGCGUCGCCCGCCCGCAGACAGUCGCUUCACACGAGUCACAGCUGGCGGCGCUACGCCAAUCCAACCCGACAGCGAAACUAAACCUCAUCCAGGCGGACGCCUCUCUCGUCUCCGAGAUCGACAAGGUAGUCAAUGAGAUCAUGCAGAAAGAAACCAAGCUGGACCUUCUCGUCGUGUCUGCGGGCUUCAUGGCCUUCGAGGGCCGCAAGGACACGCGCGAGGGCCUCGAUCCGUCCAUGUCGACGCGCUACUACUGUCGGCAGCGCGCAGUCCAGCUGCUUCUCCCGCUGCUCAAGAACGCCGCUAGCCCGAGGAUACUCUCGGUCUUGGCUGGCGGUCUCGAGGCGGAGCUCAACGAGAAGGAUCUCGACCUCAAGAACCCACGCAACUGGUCCUUUUGGAACGCAUCGGUGCAUGCAGCUACCAUGCACACGCUGUCUCUGGAGCGAGUGGCGCGUGAAAACCCCGGGUUGAGCAUCAUCCACUGGCUGCCCGGCCCGGUGGACACGGCGGGAUUGCGGAGGGCGGCACAGUUCGGUAUGCGGCCGCCGAACCAGAUGACGGAAGCCGAGGCGGGCGAGCGCGGCCUGUUCUGCGCGACCAGCGACCGCUACGGCGUCCGGGCGGGGCUGGUGCCGGCUCCUGAGGGAGUGGGACCGGCAAAUAGAUCGGGCGGAGGGAUCUUUUUGCUUGGUCCGCUGGGAGAGAGCACUGACAACGAAGGCGUGCUGGCCACGAUGAGGGAACGAGGUAUUGACAAGGUCGUGUGGGACUUCACGCAGCAGGUGUUUGCCAACAUCGCGGCCAACGGGAGUCAUGACGCCUCGAAAGAUGAGCUUUGA